AUGGUAUACGACCCAAGCACAUUAUCUAAUAUUGACGAAAUACAAACUACUCACAUUGAAUUAAACUUGAAAGUUAAUUUCGAAUCAAAAACUCUCGAUGGAUCUGCUACACUUAGUCUGAUUUCCAUAGCUGAUAAUGUUAGCAAAGUUGUUCUUGACACGAGAAAUCUCAAUGUUAGAUCCGUUUCGCAAGCCAAAACACCACUGAAGUUUCACUUUAGUGACGAAACUGCUUGUUUUGGAAAAGGCUUGCACAUUGAGCUUGAUAAACCUUUAAUUGCUGGUACCGAAUUCAAAUUGGAAAUAGCCUAUAACACCACAGAACAAAGUACAGCGGUUCAAUGGUUAGAACCAAGUCAAACUGUUGGAAAGAAACAUCCUUACCUCUUUACACAAUGUCAAGCGAUUCAUGCACGAUCGCUUUUGCCGUGUCAAGAUACACCAUCCAUCAAAUUAACCUAUAGUGCUAACAUUCAAGUGCACCAUCCUCUUAAAGCUUUGAUGAGUGCUAUUGGGGUUGGUGAAGAGGAUAUGGAUGACAAUAAGUUCAAACUUUAUAAAUUUAUACAAAAAGUAAAAAUUCCCUCUUACUUAAUUGCUUUGGCAGUCGGGAAUUUGAAAGGCAAGGAAAUUGGUCCUAGAUCAACCGUGUGGACUGAACCAGAAGUUUUAGAAGAUGCUGCUUGGGAAUUCUCAGACACUGAAAAAUUUAUUACCACAGGGGAAGAACUUCUGACUCCUUAUAAAUGGGGGAAAUAUGAUUUAUUGGUUCUUCCUGCUUCAUUUCCUUAUGGUGGUAUGGAAAAUCCUUGUUUAACCUUUGUCACACCUACAUUGUUAGCUGGAGAUAAAUCUCUUGUGGAUGUAGUCGCGCACGAGGCUGCUCACAGUUGGAUGGGAAAUCUUGUUACAACAUCAAAUUGGGAACAUUUUUGGCUUAAUGAAGGAUGGACCGUCUUUAUUGAAAGAAAGAUUCUAGGUCGCGUACAUGACGAACAAUUUAGUGAUUUUAGCGCAAUUAUUGCAUGGGGUCUAUUAAAAGAUGAUAUUGAUCUUUUUGGCAAAGACAACCCCUUGACUGCAUUACAACCUGUUUUGAAAGGAAUAGAUCCCGAUGAUUGUUUCUCCUGCGUUCCAUAUGAAAAGGGAUUUAAUCUAUUAUAUUACAUUCAGAAAGUAGUCGGUGGCCCUAAAUUUUUUGAACCUUAUAUGAAGGCUUAUGUUGAAGAAUUUGGUGGUAAAGCAAUCACCACAGACGAUUGGAAAAAUUUCUUAUAUCUAUACAUGGAAAAAAAUUAUGGGACCGAGAAAAAAGCCGCAUUAGAUCAAAUUGAUUGGAAUGCCUGGUUACAUUCUCCUGGAAUGCCACCAAUAAUUAAUGAAUUUGACCAAACAUUUGCGAAAGCAUGUAAUGAAUUAUCUAAAAGGUGGGAUUUGGCAAGAAAUAAUGAAAAUUUUGAAGAAUUCUCACCAAAAGACAUUGAAAAUUUUAUUACGAAUCAAAAAGCAAUAAUCGCAUUGGAUAAAAUCUAUAAUUUAACUUCAGUUCGGAAUUCUGAAGUUCGUUUCAGAUGGCAAAAAUUAUGUUUAUCAACAGAAUAUGAACCAAUAUUUCCUCAUGUGGUUAAAUUUGUAACUGAACAAGGAAGAAUGAAAUACGUCAGACCCCUAUAUAGAAUGUUGAACGGUACCAAGAAUGGAUCAGAUUUGGCGAAGAAAACCUUUAUUGCGAACAGGUCAUUUUACCAUCCGAUCGCGGCGACUAUGAUUGCGAAGGAUAUUUUAAACGAGACCGCCAAAUAA